AUGAGGCGAGUGCUGUCCACAACCCUGCGCCCGAUUCUGGCGGACUGGGCCGGCUUUGACGACGAGGAGUUGAUCCUCACGGCCAUUUAUGGAAUUCGGCUGUAUCACAACGGCUCCAUCCUGCACAUGCAUGUCGACCGGAAGGAGACGCACGUGAUAUCUGCAAUCCUGGAGGUGGGCCACCUCCUUCUGCAGGACCAAAGUCCCGAGUCGUCGUGGCCACUACGGAUCUACGAUCACUCGGGACGGGAGCACGUGAUCCCGAACAAGCCUGGUCAGAUGAUCCUCUACGAGUCGUCGACCUGCCCCCACGGCCGGCCUGAUCCGUUUGUGGGCCGAGAAAUGGCGAACGUCUUUGUGCACUUCAAGCCGCGAGGUUGGCCCCAAGUCCAGGGCCGAACGUCGCAGGAGUGCGACAGCGCCCGCGACGGCGGUGAAGGGUCUUGCAGCGAGGUCUAG